AUGACAUUACACCAAACCAAGCUGAAAACAAACCAAGCUGAAAACAAAACAAUGAAAGACAAGAAAACAUUAAAUAAAGAGUCACUAUCAGUUAUUAAAAAGAAAACAACUAAACCAGUUUCUAAGAAGAAACAAAGGUCGCUUGCCAAAAGUGCAAAGGUCAUGAUAGAAAAGAUGAAUAAUAAUACUACAGAUGAUGACAUUAUGAACAUCAUGAUGUCCAUGGAGACGCAAACCGACACAAAGGCUGUUGCAAGUGGGAAUGAAUCAGAUGAGGCAGAGGAGCUGAAGAAACAACACGGCCUAACGAGUCUGAAGUCAGACAACUUGAAAAAAGAUCUGCUGAAUGACGAACGAACUCUCCAGAAGCAAGAACAAGUCAAAAAUGAUAUUUCAGAACAGCUCAAACUUAUUGAUCAAUUCACCCUUUGA